AAGUGAAGCCAGUAUCGUCCACUUGGAAACAGCCUCCACAAAUGGCCAUGAGGAACCACAGCACCAUCACCGAGUUCGUCCUCACUGGGCUGUCAGACGACCCCCGCAUCGAGGCUCUGCUCUUUGCGCUCUUCCUGGUGAUUUACCUCCUGACCAUGAUGGGGAACCUGACGAUGCUGCUGGUGAUCAGGGCUGACUCCCACCUCCACACGCCCAUGUACUUCUUCUUGAGUAAUCUAUCAUUCCUAGACCUCUGCUUCUCCUCUGUCACUGUGCCCAAGCUCCUCAAGGACCUCCUGUCUGAGAAGAAGACCGUCUCCAUAGAGGGCUGUCUGGCUCAGGUCUUCUUUGUGUUUUUCUCUUCAGGAACCGAAGCCUGUCUGCUCUCGGUGAUGGCCUAUGACCGCUAUGCUGCCAUCUGCCACCCCCUGCACUAUGGCCAGGUGAUGAGCAGCCGGCUCUGUGUGAGGCUGGUGUUGAUCUCAUGGGGUCUGGCCUCUCUCAAUGCAGUCAUCAUUGAGCUCUUGGCUAUUAAUCUGGAUUUCUGUGAUGCCCAAACCAUCCACCAUUACACCUGUGAGCUACCCUCCCUCUUCCCUUUGUCUUGCUCUGAUUUCUCCAUCAAUAACAGUAUCUUGAUCUGCUCAAUCUUACUCCAUGGAUCUGGAACCUUCCUCCCAAUAAUCUUCUCUUAUGCUCGCAUUGUCUCCACCAUUCUGAACAUCAUCUCCACCACAGGCAGAAGCAAGGCCUUCUCCACCUGCUCCUCCCACCUCAUUGCGGUGAUCCUGUUCUUUGGCCUAGGUAUGCUUCGCUAUCUCAUGCCUUCCACUGGUUCCUUCCUGGAUUUGCUCUAUUCCUUACAAUACAGUGUGAUCACACCCAUGCUGAAUCCCCUCAUCUACAGCUUCAAAAACAAGGAGGUAAAGGGAGCUGUGAAAAGGACUUUGGGGAAAUAUCUGCACUAUUGCACAGGUUGA